AUGAGUAUCUUAUUGUAGUCAAUAAAAAAAAUAAAAUAAAAUAGCUACCUAAUAAGUACUAAAUUUGUUAUUUUGAAAUCAAAUCAGGAAAAUAUUUAGUUAUAUUUUCAGAUUGCUUAGAUAGUUUUGUGUGAAAAUAAAAUUUAUCUUUAAUUAUUUACAAGUAAGAAAACAAUAAUGUCGAAGUCACUCACGACUAAUGCAGAGCAGUCGCAAAAAUUUUUAGAAGCUUUGGAAACCGAUUUUCGUAUAUUAGCUAAUGAGUCGAAGAAAAAAUAUCCGCAAAUUAAGGAGUCAUGUGAGGAAGCAAUCGCUGUUCUAAAAAGUGCGAAUUCAGGAUCCCAGCCCAUUCAUUAUGUGGUUAAUCAAAUUCUAUAUCCUAUUGUACAAGGAUGCGAAACAAAGGAUCUAAAAAUAAUAAAGUUUUGCUUAGGAUUGAUGCAACGUCUGAUAACAAGACAAGUGAUUGACCAAAAAGGAGCUCGGUAUAUUAUCGAUGCUCUAUGGCGGCUCAUGGAGACCGAAACGGAAGAAGUUAAAGUAUUACAAACAGUUAUUCUCCUAUUAACAACUAAUAAUAUAGUUCAAGGAGAAACAUUGUCCAAGGCGAUGGUAGUUUGUUUUCGAUUACAUUUUACCAAAGACUCUACGACGAUUAACACUGCUGGCGCUACUGUAAGGCAAUUGGUAACAUUGGUGUUCGAUCGCAUGAUUACCGAUCAUGCGGCAAACAGUUCCACAGAUCGUACCGUUGACUUGGAACAGUUAAAGGUGUCAAAAGGAACUCCACCAAAGGGCUUGUAUUCAACAGCGGUAGAUGCUUAUUUAUUAUUCCAGGAUUUGGUACAAUUAGUUGAUGCGGAUCAACCAUAUUGGUUACUCGGCAUGACAGAGAUGACAAGAACUUUUGGUUUAGAGUUGCUAGAAACAGUACUAACUCAAUUUUCAGCCAUAUUUUUCAAGUAUCCAGAAUUUUCUUUUUUGCUCAAAGAACGGGUCUGUGCUCUAGUAAUAAAAUUGUUUUCUCCGCACAUAAAAUAUCGGAAUACCAUCCCAUCAAAUUUACAACCACCUGGAACAGUAGAUAAGCCAUAUUUUCCCAUUUCGAUGAGGCUACUUAGAGUUGUGUCAAUUUUAAUUCAAAAGUAUCACCAACUACUAGUAACAGAAUGUGAAAUUUUUCUGUCGCUAAUAGUAAAGUUUCUGGAUAACGAUAAGCCAGCAUGGCAACGAGCUUUGGCUCUAGAAGUCUUACAUAAAAUUAUUUUACAACCCGAAUUAUUAGUCUGUUUCUGUGAAUGUUAUGAUUCAAAAGAUCAUGCAACUAAUAUAUUUCAAGAUAUAGUAAAUUCAUUAGGUGCAUACGUUCAAGAUUGCUUCAGUCAUUUGUUACAAAAUAUUGCUGUCACUAGUAGCACUGGAAACAGUAACUGUACUGUUCCACCACAGCCAGGAUUCUCAUAUAGAGGGAUGUGGAUACCACUAGUACAGUCGUUCAACGAAGGGCAAUCUAAGCCAGUGUAUUUAGAAAUGCUUGAUAAAAUGGAACCUCCGCAAAUAUCUGAAGGAUAUGGUUUAUCAAUUACAUACGCUUGCAUUUUGGAUUUGGUCCGUUCUAUUUUAAUUGUUAUACAGGGAAAUACUUUGCCACCAAACAAUGAGUUAAUUAAGAACCAAAUUCGUUCGGAAGAUGCAAGAAAUCUUUAUGUGCAAUUAAUCAACUCAAGCUUCUAUGGAUUGUUAACUGGACUUUAUUUGAUGUGUGAUGCAGCAACUGAUGAAACAUUAACAGAAACUUGCCUCAAACACAUGCAAACAUUUACGGCGCUCUGUGGUGCUUUAGACUUACCUGAGCCCCGUGAUGCCUUUGUAAUCGCAUUUUGCAGAGCUUCAUUGCCUCCUCAUUAUGCCCAUACAAUUUUGAAUAUGACUUAUCAAGAGCUGGGAUUUAAAGUCGACACCCAUGAUAUGCUAACUCAAUAUACUGGGCCUUGUAUAGAAAAUGAUUUUCGCCACCAAGUUGUUGCGGUCGGAACUCCUUUGCCAACACUAUCGAUACCAGUAGGAGCUCAAUUAGGUCCAGUAAUGCUAACAGCCAAGAAUUUACAGUGCAUGAGAUCAUUAUUACGUCUUUCUCUUACGCAUGGGGAAGUUUUAGGAAACUCUUGGUACACUAUACUGGUUACACUGCAACACUUAGCAUGGAUUUUAGGAUUAAAGCCACAAACUGGUGGCUCAUUGCAACUAGCUCUUAGUCGUUUAAAUAAUGGCGAAAAGCAUAAUGAAACGCGGAUGCAACCAAAAGCAGCUACUGACACCAAUUCAAUUACACAUAUUAUGUCAGAAUUACCAAUUUUGUCUACCAUGUUAAGUCAACUGUUUGAAUCAAGUCAGCACUUGGACAACAAUGCUUUAAAUUAUUUGAUAGAUGCUUUGUGUCAAUUAUCACAAGAAGCGAUUGAACUGUCUUAUUCAAACCGAGAGCCAUCUUUAUUUGCUGUUGCGAAAUUGCUUGAGACUGGACUCGUAAAUUUAUUCCGAGUGGAAGUAUUUUGGAAAACUCUCACUAGUCAUUUACUCGAAGUUAGUUCUCAUCCUCAUGCACGAAUUCGAGAAUGGGGUGUUGAAGCUAUAACGUAUUUAGUAAAAGCCUCAUUACAGUAUAAAUAUGACAAACCUUUAAAAGAUAAUGCUGUUUUGCAAAUUUUACUGUUGAGUCCAUUAGCUGAAUUGUCUUCUCUAAACCACUCGGACACGCGACAAAAACAACUGGAGUGUGUUUUACAAAUUUUGAAUGGAUCAGGUGAAUCACUAACUCAUGGGUGGCCCUUAGUUCUUGGAAUCAUCGGUGCAGUUAAUGAACACCAUGGUGAAAAUUUGAUCAGAAUAGCCUUUCAAUGCUUACAACUGGUUAUAACAGAUUUUUUGCCUGCAAUGCCUUACCGAUGUUUGCCGUUAUGUAUUAACACAGCAACUAAAUUUGGACUAAAAGCUCACGAAUUAAAUAUAUCCUUAACGGCAAUUGGAUUAAUGUGGAAUAUAUCCGAUUUCUUUAACCAAAACCACGAAAAAAUGUCAAUCACUAACAUGGAUGAGUCAACCCUGCCAGAUAUAAGUGGCGUUUCAAAUAUUUCUAGCUUUGAUAAGUUGUGGAUGUGUUUGUACUCUCGAUUAGGUGAACUUUGUAUCGACUCUAGACCCGCAGUAAGAAAGUCAUCGGGACAGACAUUAUUUUCAACAAUAUCAGCUCAUGGAGCACUACUUUCUGAAUCAACAUGGCAAGUAGUGUUCUGGCAAGUAUUAUUUCCCUUAUUAGACAAAGUUAGACAACAAGCUAGUCAAGCGAGCUCCGAUAAAGUGGAUACAAGUGGUAACAUUCUCAUUCAUCAUUCAAGAAAUACAGCACAGAAACAAUGGGCUGAGACUCAAGUUUUAACUCUCUCUGGAGUCUCCAAAGUUUUCAAUACAAAAAGGAUUAUUUUGCAAAAUAGUGGAAAUUUUAACAGAGCAUGGUGUUUUCUUUUGGACGUAAUAGAGUUUUCUGCAUUACAAAAAAAUAACGAAGUCAGCUUAGCAGCACUUAAAUCAUUCCAAGAACUCUUGUACAACAACAGUAAUAAAAGUAGUGAUGAUACAAACAUUUCGUCUAAUAGUGACUCUACUUAUGGAGAAACCUGGAACGUGGCUUGGAGGUUUUGGUUAAAUAUUGGCAUAGAAAGCACAAAGCCUCAUAUUGCAAGUUCUUUAGACAGAUGUGAUGACACUUACGUACCUAAUCAAGCAUUUUUAACGUCCUUAGUUCAGAUAUUUCCAGCAGUUUUCAAACAUAUCAAACCUAGUUUUGGUACAACAGAUUUGAAACAAUUAUGUACUGUUUUAACCAACGCAAUCGCAAUACCUGUGCACAACGAUUCUACACAGUUCAUAAUGUCAACAAUAACAGAUAACUCGCUGACACCUCUUCAUGAAGCUGUUCUAAAUUGUAUUGAAUUCGUUCACAAAGAAGUUAUGACAACUGAAUCUCUUAAAAACGGAGAAAUGAUUAUCAUUUUGUUACGACAAUUAAUGCUUUUCAGCAAAUAUUCUUGUGAUCCACCAUCCAUAAUGAAAGUUUCUGAAUUCAAUGAAGGAAAAAAUAUUUCCACCACGGAGGUAGAAUGGGUUAACAUGAACUAUAUUCCUUUCGGUGAAAAAUCUAUGGUAAUGGUCAUUAAAAUGUACCAAGAAACUGCUGACCUCGAAGUAGUUAUCAAACAUGACAUUUUAUAUGAAUUAAUCAAGACAAUUGAUUUGGCAUUGUCAUUAAAAUAUAAAUGUAUUUCGUCGUCUACUUGGAAACUUGCAAUAUCCAGCUUAAUGAAUAUUUUAGAACAUGGCUUAAAAGUGGCGAGAAAGCAUCCAAAUAAUUUUAAUAAUAUAUGGAAAGUUUUAAGCCAAGCUUUAGAUAGCUUUUUAUUUCCUAAAAGUGUUUGCUCUGUAGAAGAUAGGGGCUUGGACGAGCUCGUUCUAGAUGAAUCUAUAGACUGUCAAGUAAUAGAAUUACUAAGAGAUAAAAUUUUACCAUAUAGUAACGAGAUACCACAUGAAUUUAUAUUGGAUGUUAUCGUAUUACUAAACAAGGGAUCGAUACAUUCUUUGAAUUAUACCCAAUUGAGUGCUGAGACAGAAACAAAACUAAGAGAAAGUUUUGCAAAAGUUUGUUUCGAAACACUUUUACAGUUCUCUUUAAUAAGUGAUCUGCAAAAUUCUAACAAUAACAAUUUAGCAGUUAACUCAAAAGAAGGAUCUGUAGCAGGACGAUUUGCAGUCACUGCUUUGCUACAUAGAUUUGAAGAAAUCCUUAAAAAAUAUAAUGAAGACGAAAGAAAUAGUGGAGCGUGUCCUUUACCAAGGUACAGAACAUCUGAAAUUUCAUUUGUCCUGAAAUCUAUUGCAACAUUAAUUGCCUCAUUAAAAAAAGUAUCUUCGGAUAAAGUGGGAAGCACAGCAUGGAAACAACUUAUUAAUUUGUAUCCUUGUUUGGUAGAUUGUAUCACAACUUCUUCUUGUGAGGUAUCUCGAUCGCUAAAAGAAGCUCUUAAAGGAUUUAGCGAUUUAAUACAACCUCCCGAGGGAAUAACUCAAGAUAAAUAAAUAUUUGGAACUAAUUAUACGUUUUAAGUUUAAAUAAAUAUAUUAUUUAAA